UAACUUUACAGUUAUCUGGCUCUGAACACAUAUUCAAUUUUUCCACGUUUUUUGCCAGACUGUCACUGUUCGCCGAGCCAUGUGUGGACACGUUCUCAUACGGAAGUUGUAGACUAAUGCAAAGCCAACACGUCUUGGCUUCUUGGAGGGAAGCUGCGGUGUCUAGUGGGUUCGGAGUUAGGGAAGAAGCCCCGAUUCCCUCCGGAGUGCUGACGCGGAUAGGGGCCGUACAAAAAGACGUCUUUCGGGACAAGAACUUGUGAAGCGGAACAAGAAGGGGAAAAAAUGUUUGUCUGGAUUUUGGCAUUCUCGCUUGCUGUUGUACGAACUGAAUGUUACUUUUCGGAGGAGAAUUACACCGAAGAGUCAGAAAUGCAGCAGCCCACAGUCGUGAUCGCUAUAAUCGCUCGAAAUGCUGCUCACUCUCUGCCGUACUACCUCGGAGCGCUGGAGAGACUCAACUAUCCGAAAGGCCGGAUUUCUAUUUGGGCAGCGACAGACCACAACACUGACAACACGACCGCAAUUCUCCGUGAAUGGCUCACUGUCAUGCAGCAGUACUAUCACUAUGUGGAAUGGAGGCCAAUGGACAAACCUGUGUCUUACCCAGGCGAGUUGGGGCCCAAGCACUGGCCUAACAGUCGCUAUGAGUACAUUAUGAAGCUUAAACAGGCAGCACUUACCUUCGCCAAGAGACGCUGGGCCGACUACAUCCUGUAUGCAGAUGCAGACAACAUCCUGACUAACCCAGACACGCUGAACCUUCUGAUGGCAGAGAACAAGUCUGUCAUUGCCCCUAUGCUAGACUCCCCGUCUGCCUACUCCAACUACUGGUGCGGGAUCACUCCACAGGGUUACUAUCGCCGCACAGCGGAAUAUUUCCCCACCAGGAGGCGCUACCGGCAGGACUGCUACCCUGUGCCCAUGGUGCAUUCUACCAUGCUACUGGACCUGCGUAAAGAGGGCACCAAGAGUCUCGCCUUCCACCCGCCGCACAAGGACUACUCCUGGCCGUUCGAUGACAUCAUCGUCUUCGCCUUCUCCUGCCGAGUGUCAGAUGUGCAGAUGUAUGUGUGCAACAAAGAACGCUACGGCUACCUGAAUGUCCCGGCCAAGCCACACCAGACCGUGGAGGAUGACCGCAUCAACUUUGUCCACUUGUACCUGGAGGCCCUGAUCGAUGGGCCGCCCAUGUACGUAUCUCGCUACGUCCAUGUUCCUCCCCCCCACACAGACCUGAUGGGCUUUGACGAGAUUUACCUGAUCAACCUGCGCAGGCGUCCGGACCGCAGGGAGAGGAUGCUCUGGUCUCUCUAUGAGCUGGAGAUCAAUGCUAAAGUAGUGGAUGCAGUGGACGGAGCAGCUCUGAACAGCAGUGACAUUAAGAUCCUGGGUGUCGACCUCCUGCCUGGAUACUAUGAUCCUUUCUCUGGCCGCACACUAACCAAGGGAGAGGUGGGCUGCUUCCUCAGCCACUAUUAUAUCUGGAAGGAGGUCGUGGACAUGCAGCUGGACAAAGCCCUGAUCUUCGAGGACGACGUGCGAUUUCAGGCCAACUUCAAACGUCGCCUCAUGCAGCUGAUGGAAGAGGUGGAGCUAGCCGAGCUCAACUGGGACAUCAUAUACCUGGGUAGGAAGCAGGUGAACCCUGGUCAGGAGGAACCAGUAGAGCAUGUGAGGAACCUCGUGUUUGCUGACUACUCGUACUGGACCCUCUCCUACGCCAUCUCACUGCAAGGGGCACAAAAGCUGAUCAAUGCUGAGCCCAUCUCCAAGAUGCUGCCCGUGGACGAGUUCCUGCCCAUCAUGUAUGACAAGCAUCCCAAUGAGGACUACAAAUCCCAUUUUCUCAACCGGAAUCUGCAGGCCUUCUCCACGAGCCCCCUGCUGGUGCAACCGUGCCACUACGCAGGCGACUCUGCGUGGGUGAGCGACACAGAGACGUCCACGCUGUGGGACGACGACAAUGUCCCCACAGACUGGAGGGGCUCCUACAAGACUCUAAAAGGAGGGUCCCCACCGGCUGGGGUUCAGAGCGCCUACUACAGGGAUGAGUUGUGAAGUGCACGACUGCAGGCCCCCGGUUGGAACAACUUUUCCAUUCCGGAGGCCUGCGUCUGGGAUAGUGUGUGCAAUGCCCUCCCACUGACUCCACCUGCUCCUCUUUUAUGAUGAUGACGAUGAUGAUGAUGAUGAUGUUGUUACUUUGGAAGACUCUUUGGAAGACUCGCAAACUAUGAGACACACCUUUUAUCAGGUGUAAGCUGUUCUGUGAAACCAACCUGUUUUACCUUUGUGUGUGUGUGUGUGUAAGUGGUGGGGACAUAUGUCUGUGUUUGUGUAUGUGUGUGUGUAUGUUUUUCUG